AUGUCCUACUCUCACCAUGGAGUGUACGUGGGAGCGGACGAGGUGAUUCACUUCACGCGACAGCAGGCAGACGAGAUCGGCUCCAACGCCCUCCUAGACUACGCUACUUCCCUCUCCCCCGCCAUUCAACGCACCACUACAACCGGCGGUGCAGGUUCAGCGCCGUGCCGAGCCUGUGGCACGGAGGAUAGCAGCCACGGCGUGAUCUCGUCGUGCCUGCGGUGCUUCCUGCACGGCGGCGGGCUGUUCAGAUUCGACUACGGCGUGUCGGUGGGGAGCUCCUGCCUGCAGAUGCGAGGCGGCACGUGCAGCAUGGCCCAGCCUGAUCCGGCACAUGCCGUGGUGCAGAGGGCUCGUCUGCUUUUAAAGGAGGGUUUUGGGCGGUACCAUGUUCUGGACAACAACUGUGAGGACUUUGCCGUGUACUGCAAGACGCGUGCACUCGUGGUGGACAAGACUCGCGUGGGCACCAGCGGCCAGUCCGCUGCCUUCUUUGGGUUCAACUUCGCCUCUGCCACUGCCGCCGUGCCGCUGCUGCUCGUUGGGCCCCUGGCUGCAGCUGCUGUGUUCGCAGGUCCCCUCGUGGCUGCUGCUGUGUUCGCCAAUGGGAUGGGCGGGUGUGGAUGGGGAUGGGAAGUGCCAUUUCUCUCUGCUUUCCACGUUCGUACAAUGGCUGCUGCCACCGCGGUUCGCGCCAUGGCCAUCCCUGCGUCGCUGCAGAGGCAGCGGAUGUCUGCAGGAGCCAACAGCAGCUCUGCUGAUCCUUCGUCAACGAAGUUACCUCUUCGGCGAAUUUCGUCCAUUCGUGCACACUCGCAGGCCCCGUCGCAAUCCGACAGCUCCGUGAAGGACGGAGCUGCCUGGAAGCACGAAGUCGCGAGAUUGGCGCAAGAAUCCGCGAAGCUUGUCGUCGCCACGUCCGCAAGCGUCGGCGUCGCCCUGUCGGCAGGCCUAGGGAUUGCCGAGGCGCGGCCGGAAGGGGUGAACAAGCCGGAGCUGCUGCCCAAAGAGUUCACCACCGUCAUUGACGUCGCAGGGUUCCUCUCCGCCGGCCAGGAGCAACGGCUGGCUAAGGACGUGGAGAGACUGGAGCAGGACACGGGGUAUAAACUGAGGAUACUGGCGCAAAACUACCCUAACACUCCGGGGUUGGCGAUUCGGGACUACUGGGGGGUGGAUGACGAGACUGUGGUGUUCGUAGCUGACCCCAACAUGGGCAACCUACUGAACUUCAAUGUCGGUGCAACCGUGGACCUGUCGGUUCCCAGAAGCUUCUGGAGCCGGCUAGCAGGCAAGUACGGAAACGUGUUCUACUGGCGGGAGAAGGGCGAGGACGCGGCGAUUGAGGCUGCUGUGAUUGCUAUUGAUAACUGCCUGAGGGAGGACCCCGGGCCCAGGCAGUGCGCUGAGAUCAAGUAG